AGCAGAACCUGAAUGGCACUAGCGUUUUGGCCAGGUAUUUCACUUUCACCCCGCGCGUGUAAGCCUCCCCCACCGCCGCCUAGCGACGGCUCUCCCUGCCCAGAGUAGCGAAAAACCACGCGGAAACUCGAAGCCGUCCCACAGAACGUGCUACUGUACAGGCGCAGGAAGAUUGAAGGGCCUAGAUUGCCGCGUUGUUUUGAACGUUUUGAACCUUUAAACGCCACCCUCUGCAGAUUCUCUGCUGUCAUCCUUGAUAACGGUAGUGUGGUUCACCCUUUUUGUUGGCGAGUGAAUCGAGUGUUGCGCUUGUGCCUUUUGUGCGUCUAGCUAGCUAUUCAGCAGAUUUGCAAUAGCCACACAGCCGUUCGAUGCAUGCGACUACUGAGGAAGCGUGAACGUAUCGCAGACGAUCGUGAAAUGCGUGAACUCGCUUGCUGUCAACCAGUGCGCAGCAGAAUGACCUACAGAAUGAACAAAACUUCUCGAGUCGAGCAUAUGAAGAUGUGAGAAGCACGUUGGUGAGUUGCAACGUCACAUUUGUUAUUGACACUGACAGCAAUCUAUGUGUACGACAUGAGGACAACGUUGUAUUAACUGAAGUCAUUCACCCUGCAUAUUCCGUUAAAGCCUCGUCGACACUGUGUUCUUUGACGAAGUCGCUUCGCACUUAAGUGCAGCCACAGAAAAAAGAUCGACAUGAGCGAGGAUGAAGCUGUUGGAAGUCAGAGCACCGGAGAGAAAUGUCGGAGACGAAAAAAGAUGCGUCAGCCACCUUUGUGUACUGCAUCACCAACUACUGAGGCUAAGGAAACUUUCAUUGGGGAAGCAGUUGGUAUUAACAAAAAGAGCACAAAAAAAGCCCAUUGGGAAUUCAUGUAUGAUAGUGAUGAGCACAGCGAAAUAAAAAAGAAACAUAAACGCAGGAAAAAAUCCGAGGACGUUGCAGUAAAAAAUUCUGAUUUUGUUGAAACAGAAAUAUUUUCUGAAGAACAUCCUGCAACCUUAAACCCUCACCCCUUCGCUAGUGAUGAAAUUGUGGAGGCGGGUCAAGAAAGGAGACACAAGAAGGUGAAAAAACGAAGGGUGUUUGAAGGUAGCAGUGAAGUUGUAGAGGGGGUGCCUUGUGUUCAACAAACUGUGGUAGGCCUUGAAGUUCAUGGCAAUAAUGUGGAAUUGCUUUAUGAAGCUCACGAGCAUGAAAGAAAGUUGAAGAAAACGGAGGAUGAACAUACUUGUGAAUAUUAUGUUACAGACAGCAAGAAGGUAAAGAAAAAAAAGCAUGAAGCAAAGCAUGGCAUCUGUCGUACUGAAAUUGACACACUGCAUUACAGUGGUAAGACUCGUGAGUAUGGCACUGCAUUGUCAAAUGCCAAAGAUGACCGUGCUAAAUUUGAAGCUGAGAAUGAAGCCACAAUCUCUGAUGCAGGCAAUAGCCAAUGUAAAACUACAGGAACUCCAUCCAGAAAGAGGUGUGAGGAUACCAAAAGGUACAUUCAGGCUGACAGAAGUGCAGAUCAGCAAAUGAGAAAUUUUAAGGACAACAGUACUCGUAACUGUGGAAGUAGUGCAGUGCUAUCUUGCAUGGACGAUCAAAACUGCGAUGUGGCAACUCAACAUAAAAGGAAAAUGUACAAAACAAGUGCUGCUGAAGGACAUGUAGAUGCUGCAGAGAAGAUGCUUCAUUUAAACCUUCGGCACGAGAGGCCAAGUAAAGUUGGUUUGGGAACAUCACUUCUCUUUGAGGGUGAAAACCCAUCUCAGUGUAAUAACACUGACACUUAUACACGGAAGGACAAAAGCCAACCAAAAGCUCUGAAGAUUUCUUCACAGAAAAAGAAGCGGAAGCUGGCCAACCUAGGUGAUGGUGAUGCAUUGCUUUGGGAUAUCCACCCUGAUAUCAAUGUGGAUUUACCUGAGGCGAUGGAGAACACGUCAGCAGUGCUGGUACCAGAAGAGUGCAGUACUGUGCAAAGUGCAGAUGCCAGUUAUACAAAGAAAAAGCUGACGCUUCACAGCUCCUGCAAAUUGGGCAAGAUAUUGUCAGAAGAGGGUGCGGUCAAUUUUACUUCUGCAUCCCCAAGAUUUGAAAGUGCUUUAACAGGUGAAAGUGAUGCCCUGUUUAGCAGCAACGGCAGUGAUCCUGACACAUGGGGUGGUGGGGACAUGUCUAGUGUUAGCGUACCAGAGCAGACGCAGCAAACGGCUUCCUUGUCAAGCCUUUCACCAGGCAUGUCUAGUUCAAAAAAACGUACGCCAAUGUCUAAAUCUGACAUUCUACUGAAGCCAAGCAAACAGAACCAUGUGGGAAAAACUGCAGCAUUAAAUGAGCCAUGCUUCGAGCUCUUUGACACAGCUCCAUCGGAAGCAGCAUUUCGCAAGCAUGGCGAAGUGUCAAGCUCUCCUACUGAUCCCGAAUUUUUGGAAUACUUGCAUGGCAAACAUGGCUUCCCUUCCAUCCAUGACAAAACGAAGCCAUCACAAGAAGCAUUAAGGUGCUACAAGGAAGAGACAGGGCUUACUAUUGAUUAUGGAAAGUACACAGCUAAGGAGGACCGCAUUCUGCUCAGGAACAUUUAUGACAUAGCAAACUAUUACAACAUUCGUUACCCUUACAUGAUUGUGGGACACUGUGGAGAUCAUGACCAGGCGUUACAGAAGGAAGUAAAAGACUUGGUUAAAAAAGAGAAGCUGCUGCGAAUAUUGGGGAGAGGACUGCCACGCAGAACGAUCCAUUCAGCAUAUAUGCGGGCUCGUAUUUUGUUGAAUCCUUUAGGCCCUCCUGCAAAGGCAGUCCUAACUCCAGAACAGAAGAAGCAGGUGCUGCUCCUGUAUGACAGGCUUGGACCAAAAUGGACUGAUAUGGCGCAGAAGAUGGGCCUCGCAGCAGAGCAGUUGAGAAGUGCUUUUCGUUUUUUCAAGGACAAAGAAACGUUUGCAACUGGCAAGUGGGAAAGAUCAGAAGAUGACCUUCUCAAGGAGGCAGUUGAACUUCAGAUUGGCAAUGGCAAGGCAAAACUGAAGGACAUUGACUGGCAGGCAGUUGCACGUCAUGUACAAAGUCGAAAUACAGUUCAGUGUAAGAGGCGCUGGACCUUGACACAGCAGGGGCUUCAGACUACUGGUAAUGGGCAACGGAAGUGGAACAGAUUUGACUCUAUUCACCUGAUCUGCAUAAUGCGAGAGCUCAAUGCACGCAGGUCAUCUGAAGUUGACUGGGAAGCUGUAGGAGAAUCAUUUCCAUGGGCACCAUCUCCCUUGGUUGCCAAGUAUCAUUGGGAAAGCACACUGAAUUUUUAUCUCCCACCAGACAAGCGCAAGGAUUUUCAGUCUAAAGUAAAGAAUCUAUACAAGAUAGCUCUGCCAUCACUGCUUGAAAAAUAUGGGAAAGAAAAAACUUUGGAAGAAAUUAUAGUGCUCUCUAAGGCACCCUCUCCCUGAAAAGGUGAGUUGCAACUACCUCUGUUCAUGGCUCGCUCUAACGUCAAGGAGGCGCCAUACUGAAGGACCAACAGCA